AUGCGGGCGGCGGCGCCGGGCCUGCGCAGUGCCCGCGGCGGGCGGAAACGGAGCGGCGGCGGGGCGGCGGCGGGGAGCGCCCGGCGGUGUCUCCUGGGGCACGGUAUCCUUCGCGUGCCCUCUUUUGGGGCGAGGAUGAGGAAGAGUUUCUUUGCAGCUCUGGGAGUUUUGCUGUUUUUGGUGGCAUUUGGAACUGAUUAUUGGCUUCUUGCUACAGAAAUGGGAACUUGUUCAGAAGCACCUGAAGGUGCUGGGGGAGAGAAGGCCACUUUCCAUCAUGAAGGUUUCUUCUGGAGGUGCUGGUUCAGUGGAUAUGUAGGAGAUAAUAAUGCCAGCAUGUGGAAUUUUUGGUAUACCAACCAGUCACCUUCUAAGAACUGUACACAUGCUUACCUGUCCCCGUUCCCUCUUCUCCGAGAUGAACACAACUCAACCUCCUAUGACUCUGCAAUCAGUGUCUUGUUUUCGCUGGUAGUCCUGAUGUAUGUCAUCUGGAUCCAGGCCAUGGCUGAUCUGGAAAACUACACAAACAUGAAAAAAAUGGAUUGCCCAGACUUUGCUGUUUAUGUACGUUAUGGCUGGUCAUUUAUGUUGGCUCCUAUAGGAGUAUUUUUUGCUUUAUUAGCAGGAAUGUUGUUCUUGUUGGUAGGGCGAGCCAUUUAUUUACACUCAGACUAGUCAGAGGCAGGUGAAGGGAAUACAGCAAUACUUGUGAAACUUUGUGACAAGUGUAAACUGGAGCACAAUUUUGUACAUUAUUACCAUUAUGGCACUCCUAAGUGUGCAGGCAGACUUCUGGAAGUUCUUCUAGUACUUGUUUAAGGGUAAAGGACACAAAACUCAAUACAGGAAGAAACCACCUUUAGUCCCAACUAGUUGUUUUUAAUUCUUUAGAAAGUACACUUGUGGUUCUUCACAUUGUACUAUUAGCAACAUUUUUGUAGGUUAACAAACAGAAGAAGACAAAAUUUUUCUGCAAGUAAAACAUGAUCAUGAAUUGGCUCGAAUCAACAUUUUAUACAUUUAUCUUUUAGCAUUUACACUGUACUUCUGUUUGCAGAGAAUGGUACAAGGUAGAGGAGAAGGCAAACAUUCAAACACAGUAAUUCAAUCUACCUCCUCUCCUGUUUUCCACUACUUGCCUUAGCUUUAAUGGCAGCAAACAUGUCUGCACUUUAUAAAAAUAGAGUGCAGUUGUUCAUGCAGCAUCCAUAGGAAGAGGACGAGAGAGAAGACAAUUGCCAUGAAUGUGUAAAAGCUUAACUGUUCUAUUACCCAGUUCUCUUUUCGGUAUGCAUUUGAAAGCUGUAUACUUCUGUAUUCUGAAAUCCAUGUGUUGCAUGAUUCUGUAAGCCAAAAUGCCAUAGUACAAUCACUAUCUGAAGUUAUGCCAAAAUUGUAUUUUGAAUUAUAGCAUUGAUAUUUUAAUUAAGUUUUAACCCUUUUAUUUUUCAGUGGAACAAUUGGCUCCUCUAACAAAUAUUUUCAUGGUUGUGUAAAAUUAAUUUUUUAUUAAAAAAGCUUUAUUAUGAAGAAAAUAUCUAGGACAUAAAAAAUAUGUGUCUUAUGCAGCCUUCAUUUUACCACAUAUUAAAAAUCUGCAUUAUAAACCAAAUCCAACUUGCCUACUUGGUUUGCUAGGGAAAGCAAUGAGCCUAGCUAAGACAGCAGGGGAGAUGGAUUUGGUUCUGCAUUGUAGGAGUGGCUGGUUCUGUGUGUGUGUGCACAUCUGUGUGGAAGAUGGGGUAAGGGUGAGACUGUAUGCAUGGUAUGGAAAAGAUGGGGUUGAGUUUUAACAAUGGGGAGACUUUGUAUGGCACUGGGCCCAAAUAGAAAUUACAUCCAUCUGAGAGUGUGCUGGUUUUCACUUUAUAACUCAAUGCAGAAUAGUGUGGGGCUGAUGGGGAAAAGUAAAGGCUGCAUGUCAGUUUGUUCUUGUUCAUAAUGCUUAAUUCCACAGCUGUUAUGAAUACUGAAAGCAUUGCUAAAAGGCAGGAAAGGAGUGCCCACAGAGAAGAUGUGGUGGGCCAGAUUGGAUGUUACUUCCAUUUUGGGAGGUUUUGUGACUGGAAGCUUUCCAGCCU